AUGGUUGUUUUCUUCAUUGCUUUUUGCAAAUCUUUCUUUCUUUCUUUCUUUUCGCUUAAUUUUCUUUCCGCUUUCCCUUCCUUUAGUCUUUCCUUCUUACUUUCUUUUCGCUUAAUUUUCUUUGCGCUUUCCCUCCAUUUAUUCUUUCUUUCUUUAUUUCUUUAUUUCUUUCUUUCUUUCUUUCGUUUUAUUUUCUUUUCACUUCCCUCUAUUUAUUUUUUCUUUCUUUCUUUCUUCCAUUUUUUUCUUUUUUCGUUUUAUUUUCUUUCCUUUCUUUCUUUCUUUCUUUCUUUCUUUCUAUCUAUCUAUCUAUCUAUCUAUCUAUCUAUCUAUCUAUCUAUCUAUCUUUGUUUCUUUGUUUCUUUGUUUCUUUCUUUGUUUGUUUCUUUCUUUCGUUUUAUUUUAUUUUCACUUCCCUCUAUUUAUUCUUUCUUUCUUUCUUCCAUUUUUUUCCCUUUCUUUCAUUCUUUCUUUCUUUCUAUCUUUCUUUCUUUCCUUCUUUCUUUCUUUCUUUCUUUUCCCUUUAUUUUCUUAGUGCUUUCCUUCCAUUUAUUCUUUAUUUCUUUCUUUCUUUCUUUUCAUGUUAUUUACUUUGGGUUUUCGUUUCCUUCAUUCUUUCUUUCUUUUCUUCUUUCUUUCAUUUUAUUUUCUUUUCUUUCCGCUUUCGCUCCAUUUAUACUUUCUUUCUUUUUUGCGUAUUAUUUUCUUUAUGCUUUCCUUCCAUUUAUUCUUACUUUCUUUCUUUGA